AUGGCAUUUUCUUCCUAUCAUCAACCAUAUUCUCAUAGAACUCGUUUUAAACUCAUUCAUUCAACAACAACACUUGUUAAGAUAUCGAAAUCAAAAACAGGUUUGCCCAUAUCACAAUUUAAAUUUAUUCAAAAUGGAACUAAACAACAACAAAUAAUCAGUUCACCUAAACCUACACUUAUUCGAGCAAAGAGUAUAGAUAAAUCAUCAACAGUAGUGGCUAAAAGUAUUGGAAAUAAAUACAAAUGGAUAAGAACAAGUUUAAAGAAAACAGAUCGAAAUAGUUUUAAACUUGAUCGUCGAAAGAUUUUAGCUCCAGGUGUAACUAAUAGUCGUGUUACUAAACGUAAAACUCGUGAUUCAUUAUCGAAAUGUCUUGUACGAAUUCGUGGUAUUAAAUUUCAUACAAAUUCCAAUGGUAAAUGUCUUCAACGUUUCGCUUCUGAUUCGGAUAAUAGUAAACUUUUAUCAUCAUCAUCAAUUCCAAUAAAAAAACUCGAACAUCCAGUCAUAGCGCGAGCCAAUGUUCUCAUUCAACGAAGUAUUAAUAUAAGUAAUGGACGUUAUCGGCUUAGAAAUUCGAAAAGAAAAUCUAUAACAUUAAAAAAGAAAAAAAAUUGUAUUUAUUUUAAUCGUUUUGGUAAAUGUCAUCGCGGUGAUAAAUGUCCAUUUAUUCAUGAUCGUACACGAAUUGCUGUUUGUACACAAUUUUUGAAUGGACGUUGUAAAAAUUCUUCUUGUCCUUAUUUACACGAAUUAAUACCUGGAAAAGUUCCAACAUGUUCUUAUUUCAUAAAAGGUGCUUGUGGUCAAGAUAAUUGUCCAUAUGCACAUUCGUAUGUUGGACAUGAUGCUCAAAUAUGUGAAGAUUUUGUUCAAGGAUUUUGUGCCAAAGGAAUUGAGUGUUCAAAACAACAUGUUCUAUUAUGUCCACAAUUUGAAACAACCGGUCAAUGUAGUGAUGGAAAACACUGUCAUUUAACACAUCGUCGAAAACGAAAUGAAAUAAAAACUGUAAAAAUAAAACCUGAUUCAUUUAAAACGAAUGAAGAACAAUCUAUCCUUCCUAAUGAAAUGCCAGCUUAUAUUCCAUUAAAUCAAGACGUAGAAAAAAAAUCUACACCACAAAUCGAAUUAAAAUUAAAACCAAGUUUUUUAUCUUAG